AUGAAAACAAAAGGGGGGAAGAAAGAAAAAGACAAGAAAAUCACAAGGGCAUCAUCAUGUCAUCUUCAACUUCUUCUCAACAAUCACGCCUCCCAAUUGCACAAUCGGACGCUGUUCUUACCAAAUUCGUCUUCGCUAUCAACCAAAGAUAGAUCCCCACGCGUCUCUUUCUCUCUCCGUAACCCUAUCCAGCUUUUAGGGCGCAAAUUGUUUCUGAAUUUGUUUCAACUCGCAUCGUUGCAUCACAAACGCACAAAGCUUCAUCUGUUAGUGUUGUUUCUUCUUAGGACGAAUCGAAUUCAUUCAGGAAUCAUCAUGAUGAGCAUUAAAGAUUGGGUUUUAUCACAGCUAGUUUCAAACUCAUUGGCCACAACAAGACCAUUAUCAGGAAGUGACAGUUUCUUUGAAGAACGCCCUACUAACGAGUUCAACAUUCAUGGUUCCACUCAAACCGCCACCUCGCCACCACCAGAGGCGGUGGCAGAUGUAUCACAGCCGCCCAUUCCCAACCAAGAAACCCCACUUCCUACCCCUCUCCGGCCACCCACUUUUGAGAGUUCCCAUCAACCUCAAACUCUUCAAAAAAACAUGAAUCCAUUGGAAAAGAUCGAAAAGCUUCAAAUCAAAUUCUUGCGUGUUCUUCAUCAUCUUGGCCACUCAACAAACGAUCUCAUGGUAGCCAAAGUUUUAUACCGUAUACACUUAGCAACUUUGAUUCGUACACAAGAAUCUGAUCUCAAAAAAGUCAAUCUCAACAGUGAUAGAGCUAAAGCUAUAGCAAUACAACAAGAAACAUCCGGUCAACCGGAAUUAGAUUUCUCAUUUUCAAUUCUAGUGUUAGGUAAAACCGGAAUCGGAAAGAGUUCAACCAUCAAUUCCAUACUUAAUGAACCAAAAGCCCGGACAAACGCAUUCCGACCUGCCACCGAUCGUGUCCAGGAGAUCUCCGGAAUUGUCAACGGAAUCAAGAUUUCUUUCAUUGAUACCCCUGGUUUGUUGCCUCCAUCACCAAAUACCAUUGGAAGAAACCGAAAGAUUCUUCAAAAAAUCAAGAAACGUUGCCGAAAAUACCCUCCAGAUAUGGUUUUGUACUUCGAACGGCUGGAUGUACUUAACAUCGGUUACAGUGAUUUCCCAUUACUAAAACUUGUAACCGAAGUUUUCGGGAAUGGAAUUUGGUUCAACACGAUGCUUGUAAUGACGCAUUCGUCCUCACCUCUUCCAGAAGGUUCUAACGGGUACCCUGUAACUUAUGAAUCUUAUCUUACUCAAUGCAUGAAUCUUAUACAGCAUUACAUUCACCAGACGAUUUCCGAUUCGAAACUUGAAACCCCGGUUCUUUUUGUUGAAAAUCAUCCAGAUUGUAAAGACAAGAUUCUUCCAAAUGGUCAAAAUUGGAAAUCCCAAUUCCUUUUAUCCUGUCUAUGUACCAAAAUCUUGAGUGACGUCAACAAGAUUCUUGAUUUCCAUGAGAGAAUGGAAUUGGGGAUUCCGGGUUCCCCUCGGAUUCCAUCUUUACCCCAUCUUCUUUCAUCUUUUCUCAAGCAUCAUAUCUCAACCCCAAAUGAAGUAGAUGAAAUCAAGAAUCUUUCUCUAUCGGAUUUUGAAGAAGAAGAACAAGAAUAUGACGAAUUACCUCCUAUACGAAUCUUGACAAAAUCCCAAUUCAAAAAAUUAACAAAUUCCCAAAAAAACGACUACCUCGAUGAGCUGGAUUAUCGCGAGACUCUCUAUUUAAAAAAACAAUUAAAAGAAGAGCUACAAAGAGAGAAAACAGAUGACGGGUCCCCACCACCAGAGCCCGUGGUGUUACCGGAUAUGGCGGUCCCGCCUAGUUUCGACCCCGGUAACCCGCUGCAUCGUUACCGGUGUCUCGUUAACUCCGACCGCUGGCUAACGAGACCGGUUCUCGACCCCCAUGGGUGGGACCAUGACGUGGGAUUUGACGGAAUUAACCUCGAGGGUCAAACUCAAGUGAACGAGAAUUUACACAUGUCGGUUACGGGACAGGUCAGCAAAGACAAACGGGAGUUUAACGUCCAGUCAGCGUGUUGUGCUGCUUACGUGGACCCCCGCGGGCCCACUUACGGCGCUGAGGUGGACGCUCAGUCUUCGGGAAAGGAGAUGGUUUACACGGUUCAUGGUAGCGCGAAGGUGGGGGUUUUGGGAAGAAAUGUGACGGAAUGUGGGGUUUCGUUGAUGUCGUUUGGGGGGAAUUGUUAUUCGGGUGUGAAGGUUGAAGAUGGGUUGUGGGUUGGGAAGAGGGUGAAGUUUGUGGUGAAUGGUGGCCGGAUGGGAGGUGGUGGAGGGGCGGCUUAUGGCGGAAGUUUGAAAGGGGUGGUGAGAGGGAGGGAUUAUCCGGUGCGAAAUGACGAGGUUAGCCUUAUGGUGACGGCGUUGUCGAUGGGUAAGGAGGUGGUGGUGGGUGGGAAUUUGGAGGCGGAGUUUAGGGUGGGGCGAGGGACGAAUUUGUCUGUAAAUGCUAGUUUGAACAACCGAAACAUGGGACAGUUGUCGAUUAAAACAAGUAGCUCUGAACAUUUAGAAAUAGCUUUGAUUGCAGGUGUCUCGAUUUUUAGGGUUCUUUUGAGGCGUAUGGGAUUGGUUGGUACACAUAAAGAUAUGCCCCAGUCAUCUGAUAUCAGCUGA